AUGACGACAAUCAAUGGAGCACAUGUCUGUGGUGGUGCUUUAGUCAGCAAGAGUGUUGUCGUCUCUGCUGCACAAUGCUUUGAGUUCUACGAUCCUUCAGAAUUGUUCGUCCGUCUUGGCACCAGUGACUAUGCCAGUGGUGGAGAGCUCAUUUCCAUUGCCUCCUACAAAGUUAAUGAGAACUUCGACUUUACCACCAUGGAUAGUGAUCUGGUUGUGGUUAAGCUGAACAAAAUUAUUCACAAAACACACAAGAGCCGUUCGAUAAAAGUGUCCAAAAAGGAACCGAAGACUGGCAAAAGUGGUGUGCUAGCCGGUUGGAGUGCCAAGGAGCAGCUUGCAGAAGUUGAUGUGAAAAUUAUCAGUGUCGAAGACUGCGGUUCAGGCAAUUAUACCUAUAGCAGUGAUGACUUAACGAAAACUAUGAUCUGUGCAAAGCCGGUGGAUGCGGAAAUAUGUGGUGCUGAACCAGGCAGUCCUUUGAUAGUUAAAAAAGAUUUGGUCGGCUUGAUUUCAUGGGGCCAUGGUUGUGGUAAUAAGGGAAACCCAGCUGUUUACACCGAUAUUACCAAGUUCCGCAAAUGGAUAAAGAAGACGGCAAACGAAUUAGAAAAGUAA